GGAAAAAAGAUUAGUCUCGUUCGAUCAAUCUAGGGUUUCUUUCCCUCGAUAUCGCUUUCCCUAAUUCCCCAAAUUGAAACCAUUCUUCCGAGUUCUUCAAUCUCAGAUCGCUAAAUAUGCCUCAGAGACACUCGAAGAACAACAACGAUUUAGCAUUCUUCACGUACGAUGAGAAGCGGAAGCUAGGGUACGGCACGCAGAAUGAGAGAUUGGGAAGGGAUUCCAUCAAGCCCUUCGACGCAUGCUCCCUCUGCUUGAAGCCCUUUAUUGAGCCUAUGUCAUGCGGCAAGGGCCAUGUUUUCUGCAAGGAGUGCAUUUUGGAAUGUCUUUUGGCACAGAAGAAAGAUAUUCACAGGAAGUCAGCCGCCCAUGCUGCUCAACAGAAACAGGAAAAAGAAGACGAAGAAGAGAAGCUAAUGGUGCAAAAGUCUAGAGAGCUCGAUGCAUUUGAUCAGCAGAACCAUGGAGCGAUACCUCAGUACAAUGAUAAGAACUACAAUAGUGACAAGAACGGUUUCCAUGGAGCCAACAGUGUAAAGACGACUUCAUAUGAAGAGGAAGCACUUCGUACGAUGAAAGCAUUUUGGCUACCUUCCGCAACCCCUGAAGCUCCUAAUAAAGUACAUGCCCCGUCAACAGACACAAAAUGCCCUGAAGGGAACGAAAAACUCAGGUUGAAGACACUUUUUCCCUUGGUUUUCACAGAAGACACUAAUGAAGAGAAGAGAUCAACUUCUCUUGACAAAACUUAUGUCUGCCCUAGCUGCAAGGUGACACUAACAAAUACACUCUCACUUGUGGCCUUGAGUUCUUGCGGGCACGUCUUCUGCAAGAAGUGUGCUGAUCAGUUUGUUGCUGUCAAUAAGGUUUGUUUAGCCUGUGACAAGCCUUGCAAAGAGAGGCAUCUUGUCAAUCUUGCCAAGGGAGGAACUGGUUUUGCAGGCCAUGGGGAUCAUCUCGAAGCCAAAGACUUUAAACAUUUGGGAAGCGGGUCGGGCCUCGGGCUCGUGAGACCAGCAACCAAGACUUGAUCUUGAGAUUGUUUAUAUACAAUUGGAGUUUGUUUUAAGGAGAACUAUAUAGUUUACCUUCGUACGACAGACUAUAUAUGGUUUCAUCUUUGUUGUAAUGCAAUUAUUCCCCUCAACUGUGCAAGAGAAAGGUGCCAGGUUGUAUUUUGAUUUUCUAA